GAUGUAACCCAUCCCCAGCCGAGCAGGGGAGCUGGAAGGUGGGGAGCCCAGACGACCGGCUCGCAGCAAGAUUAUAAAAGGCAGGAGCAGGUUGCUGAGCAAAGGAGAGGGAAGGCGAAAGGCACCUGCUUCCCUCUGCACAGCCCAGCUGAGACUCAGGGUGGCGGGAGUUGCAGUGCCAAGAGCCUGGGUCCGUGUCGAUGACAAGCUCGUUUACACAAAGCCCAGAGGAUUUUACCCCAGACAGCAUAAGGAGCCCAGCAGAAGUGGGGACUGCUGCCAAACAUGCCUGGGAGAGCUGGGCAUAGUGGGAGUUAAGGAUGAUGUCCGGCAUACGUCCUACCCUCCUCCUCUUCCUCCUCCUGCAGGCAUUUCUCUUCUGGGAUAGCGCGGCUGCAGUCUCCAUCCAAGAACAAUACUGUGAGAGCCUGCCUCCUGUUAGCAACCACACGGGUCCCCAGUGCAACGCCUCAGUAGACUUAAUCGGCACGUGUUGGCCCCGGAGUGCUGUAGGACAGCUGGUGGCUCGCCCCUGCCCCGAGUAUUUCUACGGUGUGCGGUACAACACCACAAACAAUGGCUACAGGGAGUGCCUUGCCAAUGGGAGCUGGGCAGCACGUGUCAACUACUCUCAGUGCCAGGAGAUCCUCAGCGAAGAGAAGAAGAGCAAGCUGCACUACCACAUCGCUGUCAUCAUCAAUUACCUGGGGCACUGUGUCUCACUGGGCGCCCUGCUCGUGGCCUUCGUCCUCUUCAUGCGCCUGCGGAGUAUCCGGUGUCUGAGGAACAUCAUCCACUGGAACCUAAUCACAGCCUUCAUCCUACGCAAUGCCACGUGGUUUGUGGUGCAGCUCACAAUGAACCCGGAGGUGCACGAGAGCAAUGUGGUCUGGUGCCGCUUGGUCACAGCCGCCUACAAUUACUUCCACGUCACCAACUUUUUCUGGAUGUUCGGCGAGGGCUGCUACCUCCACACUGCCAUCGUGCUCACCUACUCCACGGACAAGCUCCGCAAGUGGAUGUUCAUCUGCAUUGGCUGGUGUAUCCCCUUUCCCAUCAUCGUCGCCUGGGCCAUCGGGAAACUGUACUACGACAACGAGAAGUGCUGGUUUGGGAAGCGAGCAGGAGUUUAUACUGACUACAUAUACCAAGGCCCCAUGAUCCUGGUGCUUCUGAUCAACUUCAUCUUUCUGUUCAACAUCGUCCGAAUCCUCAUGACAAAGCUCCGAGCCUCAACCACAUCCGAGACAAUCCAGUACAGAAAAGCUGUCAAGGCCACUCUGGUGCUGUUGCCCUUACUGGGAAUCACCUACAUGCUGUUCUUUGUCAACCCGGGUGAGGAUGAGAUCUCCAGGAUCGUCUUCAUCUACUUCAACUCCUUUCUGGAGUCCUUCCAGGGCUUCUUCGUCUCCGUCUUCUACUGCUUCCUGAACAGUGAGGUCCGAUCUGCCGUGCGGAAGCGGUGGCACCGUUGGCAGGACAAGCACUCCAUCCGGGCCCGCGUGGCUCGGGCCAUGUCCAUCCCCACCUCGCCGACCCGCGUCAGCUUCCACAGCAUCAAGCAGUCCACGGCCGUGUGAGCCACGAGGGAGCCACUGUCUGGGCCAAAGGAGCCGUGUCUUCUUGGGGCCACCAUGUUGCAGCAGAGCAUGGCAUGGGAGCCAGGUCCUUCCCAUGUUGCCUGGUGUCAUUGCCGAGCGGAGGACAGGGUGAGCUCACGGGAGCUAUGAGAAAGCCUAAGGCUGCUCACUUCCAGCUUUCCAGGACUGCCGUGUGGGAUGAGACAGCCAAGACUGCUUCUUCAUCUCCCUAACUGUUGCUGGAGCUGGAAAAGGAACCUCAGGAGCCCAGAGAAAUUGCAGCUGCCUCACCAGCAGCCGUCACGGCCUCCCUGCGGGCCUUUGCCCAGGGCAUGAGGCCCCCAGGUUGCACUGCUGUCUCCCUUGGGCUUGUCCCAGCUCUUCACCUGGAGCAGGCUGACCGACUGCUCCAAGGGGUCAGGAUACAGGGCCACCACUGGGAUGGUUCUGGAGUCAAUCCCUUGGGAAAUCUGUGCACGGCGCCUCGUCCCACUAGUCCUAUCGUGACAUGUGGGGAAAGCUCAGUCAACCUGCCAGCAAGUGCACACCAGGGAUGCUGCACCGGUGGGCUAGAAUCUUGUGGGUUGACCGGGGAUGAACAGAGAGCCCUGGGCUGAGUCUAGACUUUGCUUUACAUAGCUGCGUUUUUAUACUACGGGGUUUAUUCCUGUCCAUAUGCCCACACCUGCCCCUCGCCAUGUCCCCAGUAGUCCAGGGCAGCCCUUGCAGCCCUGGCUGCUCCUCCCCAAGCAGCGGGACGUCCACGGGGGUCUCAUAUCCGUUACCCUAUCCGACCAUUUUCGUUGCUCAUUUUAGCAUGGAGGAUGCAGAGCAGAGCAGAGCCUCAACUGGAGAAGAAGUUGAGGUCCCCACACUCAAAGGUUGUCCUUUCCCAUUAGGGCACUAAGCAACCAGCAUAGCACACUGGGCUGAACUGGGGUGAAGCCUCCCAUCUCUCCUGGGCCUCUUUUCUCUGCCAAAAAUGAGGCUGUGCAUUUAUUAAUUUUCUCGAGUAGAAACCCAGCUCAGCUUAAUCAUCGCUUCUUGCUCAGGCAGCACCUCCUGCUCAAGAGGUGCCCCAGGUCAGAGGCAGAGCCGCUCUCUGCCUGACGCUGCUCCCUUGAGCUCGCGGCUUAGGUCCAAGCCUCCUAUUCCUGCAAGGAAAGGGCCCCAGGGCCAGCUCAAGCCCAGGUGAGGAGCUCUGGUGGCCAGCCUCCCUCCACCUGGGCUUGAAAGAAGCGGAAAAC